GGCCCCGGUGCAGGGCGGGAGGCGGCGGCGGCAGCGGGGCUAUGGCCUGGUCCCGGUACCAGCUGGGCCUGGCCGCCCUGAUGCUGCUCACCGGCUCCAUCAACACCUUGGCGGCCAAGUGGGCUGAUAACUUCAGCGCAGCUGGGUGUGGUGGGACAGCGGAGCACAGCUUCCAGCACCCCUUCCUGCAGGCUGUGGGCAUGUUCCUGGGGGAAUUCUCCUGCCUGUGGGUAUUUUACCUGCUGAUGUGGAGGGAUCGACGGAGGGCAGAGCCCAGCAUGGCCCCGUCUCAGCCCUUCAACUCAUUGCUCUUCCUGCCCCCUGCCCUCUGUGACAUGACUGGGACCAGCAUCAUGUAUGUGGCCUUGAACAUGACCAGCGCCUCCAGCUUCCAGAUGCUGCGAGGAUCCGUCAUCAUCUUCACCGGGCUCCUCUCCGUGGCCUUCCUGGGCCGCAGGCUGGAGCUCAGCCAGUGGCUGGGCAUCCUUGUCACCAUCGUGGGGCUGGUGGUGGUGGGGCUGGCUGACCUGAACAGCUCUCAUGACCAGAAACACAAGCUCAGCGAAGUGAUAACAGGUGACUUACUCAUCAUCAUGGCUCAGGUCAUUGUUGCUAUCCAGAUGGUGCUGGAGGAGAAGUUUGUCUACAAGCAUGAUGUGCACCCACUGCAGGCAGUUGGCACUGAAGGCUUCUUCGGCUUCAUCAUCCUGGCCCUGCUGCUGGUGCCCAUGUACUACAUCCCGGCGGGAGGCUUCAGCGGGAACCCUCGGCAGACGCUGGAAGAUGCCCUGGAUGCCUUCUGCCAGGUGGGCCACCGGCCCCUCAUCGCCUUGGCCCUGCUGGGCAACAUCAGCAGCAUCGCCUUCUUCAACUUCGCCGGCAUCAGCGUCACCAAGGAGAUCAGCGCCACCACCCGCAUGGUGCUGGACAGCCUGCGCACCCUCGUCAUCUGGGCCGUCAGCUUGGCCCUGGGCUGGGAGUCCUUCCACGGCCUGCAGAUCUUGGGCUUCGCGGUGCUGCUGCUGGGGGCCGCUCUUUACAACGGCCUCCACCGCCCCCUGCUGGCCUGCCUGCCCCGGCGGGAAGAGGAGAGCGGCGGCGCGGCCGAGCGGGAGGCUUUGCUGCGCGGAGAGAGCACGGCUAUCAACAGCGACAGCUGAGCCCGAGAGCUGGGCUUGGCUGCCCCUGGACGGCACGGCCAUCAACAGCGACGGCUGAGCCCGAGAGCUGGGCUUGGCUGCCC